AUGGGGAAGCCGCUGAGCCGGCCGGACUGCCUGAGGAAGAGGCCGCGGUGUCUGGGGAAGGGGGUGCAGCCGGAGGGGUACAUGGAGGACUGCUACGUCCCGCAGCGCUCCAUCUACGACACCAUGCGCAUCAACGAGCACAUCGACCAGGGCCCCGUCGCCGGGGACGACAGCACGCUGUCCAGCAACGGCACGCCGGGGGCGGCGGGAGGGGCCGGGGCCGGGGGUGGGGCCGGGGGCGGGGCCGGGGGCGGCAGCGCCAAGCGGCUGGACGAGCGGGUGAUCUUCGAUUCGCUGAAGCUGACGGCCGAAGCGCAGGGCGGGGCCGGGGGCGGCUCCGUCUCCCCCAGCGUCUCCUCCACAGGCUCCGCCCCCAGCGGCUUCGCCGCGGCGACCAGGCGACGCAGCCAGGGCAGCGACAAGCGGGACGCCGGGGGCCGGCGCUCGCUCAAGACCUUUGCGCAGCUGGAGGUCUCCCCUGGGGAGUCCACGGAAAAACCGCUGUCCCCCGUCCCGCCCCCACCCCCGCCUCCACCCCCGCUCCCGCCCCUAAUCUCCCCCCUCCUCCCCACCCCCCUGAAUCCACAGCGCACCCCCCAGCCCCUUCCCGCCAGGGGACCCCUCCCCUCCCCGCCUGGCCAGCUGUCCUUCUUACAGAAGUCCCCCCAGUGGGGGCGGGGCCGCCCGGCAGGCAGGGGCCUGGUGUUGAGUGGGGUCCCCCUGGCCCGGCAGGAGCGUCCGGUGAGGUGGCGGGUGUCGGACCCUGGGAGUGAGCGGGACUUCCCCAUUCUGGACCAGGACCUGGACACCGCCCCGCUCCUGCCCUCCCUGUCUCCCGUCCCGCCUGAAACCGAGGACCCACCCGACACCUGCACCUGGCCCCGCAGGCUGAUGGGACGGCGGAGGACUGUGAGCCAGGGCGGGGUCCUGCACAAGCUGCCCAUCCUGCCUCCACUGCCCCCCCUGCUGGCCGAACACAGCGAGGCGGACGAGGAGUCCCUGCGCCUGCUGGACACGCCCUCUUCCCUCUCACAGGUGCUGGAGGGCGUGUCCCCAGAGGGCGUGGCCAAUGAGGGGGCCUCACUGGGCUGGCCUGCGGAGGCCGGGGGGGUGGCAGAGGGUGGGGAAGAAGCGAGGGAGGGAGAGAUGGAGGCACGGCAGCUGGAGGAGGGGUGGGAGGAGGUGCUGCAGAAGGUGGACUCUCUGUGGGAGGAGUGUGAGGAGCAGGGCUGGGGGCCCCGGGGAAUGGGCUCUUUGGGCCCCUGGCCCAUCCUGCCCCCCCCGCUGGGGUUCGGGGGUACAGACUCCCCCUCUUGCCUCAGCUCCGCCCACGGCUCGCUGGACCCCCUCCCAGGGGGAUCCGCUGGGGCCACGCCCCCUCCGGCCAGAAAAGCGGACGGGGGGGGAACGGGCGAGAUCUCCCCAAAAACGGAGACGGACCCCAGCGAGGAGCCCGGGUCGGAGCACACCCGGGGGUCGGAGUCCAGCGGGGUCCAGAUGUCCGGCCGGGACCGGAGCGGGCGGUCCGACACCGCCUCCAGCGCCGAGCGCCGCGAGUACGACUCGGACCUGGGCAGCGCCGCCUCGCUGGACCGGGAGGAAGAGGAGGGGAGGAAGGAGGGCACCGUGGGCGGGGUCUGUCUGGAGAUUCGGCGCUCCUCGCCCUCUCUGGAGGACGCACGCUCUGACCGUGAGGACGAGGGGGGCGCCAGCGAGGAUAAACAUGGUGGAGGCAUGCGGGGUCAGGAAGAGGAGGAGGGGACGGGAGAGAAGAGGAGAGAGGAACAGGAGGGAGAAUCGGAGGAGGGGGGCCUUCAGGGGAAGGAGAUCCAGACCACGACCUCUGACCCCCAGGAUCCUGCUGGGAGGGCGGAGCCACAGGGCGUUCCUACGGUUACGGGGGUGACCGUGCCCAGGCUGGACUCCCCCCCGUCCCGAGCAGACUCGCCCCUCCCACUCUCGCCGUCCAAGCACGAGGGGCGCGGGUCGGGGCUGGAGAGCGAGAACGCCGACGCCUUCGUGGUGACGGACAGCUUCGUGUACCUGGCGGUGUCCGCCCUGCCGGCCCCCGCGCAGACCGCCCCGCUCUCCCCGCUGCAGGAGUCCUCCUCGUCCGGCACGCUGCUCCAGCCCCGCCCCGACCCCGAGGAGGGCGACUUCCUGUCCACGGACAGCUUCGUGUACCUGGCUGCUCCGGAGCGCAACACGCUGGCGGGAAGCGGAAGCUCUGGCGCCAACUCCCAGGACUCGGACUCGGACGCCGCCCAGUCCGGCGUGGACUUCGCCCCGGGCUCCACCACGGCCGACAGCGACUCAGACGCUUCGAACUCAGAACCUGACUUGGCCAUGCCCCUCUGGGACCAGUGGGAGGAGCUAGAGCCCAGCGUCCUGCGGCGGCUGUUCUGUGACGACCAAUCAGAGAGCGGAGUGAUCUCCGAGGGCCAAUCGGAAAAGAGUGUGAUCAGCGAGGGCCAAUCGGAGCAGGACCUGAUCUGUGAGGGCCAAUCAGAGCAAGGUGUGAUCUGUGAGGGCCAAUCGCAGCAGGUUGUGAUCAGCGAGAGCCAAUCGGAGCGCGGUGUGAUCUGCGAGGGCCCAUCGGAGCAGGGUCUGAUCUGCAAGGGCCAAUUGGAGCAGGGUCUGAUCCACGAGAGCCAAUCAGAGCAGGGUUUGAUCUGCGAGGGCCAAUCGGAGCAGGAUGUGAUCUGUGAAGGCCAGUCGGAGCAGGAUCUCAUCUGCAAAGACCAAUCAGAGCAAGGGAUUUCAGGGCCAGGAGGACCGGGCAGCGAGGCUGCACCUGAACAGGAAGGGGGGGAGCCAGGUUCACCCAUGUCAUGUGAGGAGGAGGUGGCAGAGACCACUAGAGAGGUGGUGCCAACCCCCCCGAGCGCGACCCCCCCGGGUGCAGGAUCGGGGUCGGAGCGCUUCCUGGCUCUGGAGCAGGCCCGGGUUCCCCUGACGCUGUUCUGGGAGACGCACAGGAAGCUGGAGCCCUGGCUGGAGGAGACGGAGGCUCUGAUUGGCCGACUGCCCUCACCUGCCGUAGACCUGGAGACCCUGAGAACCCAGCAGGAUCAGAUCAGAGUGCUGAAGGAGUCGGUCUUGGGGCACCAGUGUCACGUGGACAAGCUGCUGCUGAUUGGCCCCAUGCUGGAUCCGGGCAGCCAGGAGGGGGCGGCAAUGAGGCAGAGCUGCAGUGCUGUUGAGCGCCGUUACCUGGCCAUCAAGGAAGGGGUCAGAGGUCACAGCGCUGCACUAGAGGAGGCCAUUUCACAGUCCUCACAGUUUCAUGACAAGAUGGAGCCCCUGCUGGAGACCCUGGAGCGGGCGGUGCAGAGGCUGAGACAGCGCCCCCCGGUGGCCGUGGAGCUGGAGAAGCUCCGGGAGCAGCUGGCGGUCCACAGGGCCGCCGGGCAGGAGUUGGACAAGCUGCUCCCGGCGUACAACGCCCUGUGUUCCCAUGGCGACGACCCUGCCGCCCAUGUGCCUCACGCCCACCCUGGAGACCCCGCCUCUCAGGCGGUGCGUUCUCGGCUGCAGCGGCUGCGCAGUCUCUGGGCGGAGAUUCGGCAGCGUGCGCAGGAGCGCGAGGCCAAGCUGCUGGAGGCGCUGGAUCUGGCGGGACGGUUCUGGGCGGAGUCAGGGGCGCUCCUGGGCAUGCUCAGAGACGCUCAGGACAUCACCAGGAAGCUGGAGGAUCCUGCAGUUAGCCCCGCCCACAUCACCCAGCAGCUGGAGACUACCAAGGCCUGGAGGGCGGAGAUGGGCCGGCUCUCUGAGCAGCUGCAGGCGCUGAGCAUGCUGGGAGACAAGCUCAUCACUGUCUGUGGAGACACUGAGAAACCACUGGUCAGAAAAAGCCUGGAGGAGACCCAGGCUGCCUUGCAGAGCUUGAACAGGAUGUUGGAGGAGAGGAUGCAGAGGCUGGAAACAGCCAUGACCACUGCUGUUCAGUACCAGGAUGCACUGCAGGGCAUGUUUGGUUACCUGGAUAAGGCUGCGAUGGAGCUGCGGAACAUGCCCACUGCAGGAGCUGAGCUGGGGGCCGUCCAGCAGCAGAUCCAGGAUCUCAAGCUGUUUAAAGCAGUGGUGCUUCAGCAGCAGAGAGACAUGCAGAAGGUUCGCCAGCAGGGGGAGCUGUUGGUGAGGAGUGCAUCAGCACAGAGCGACCGGGAAGCCGUCCGGGAGCCGCUCACACACCUGACGCACCUGUGGAAGAGCCUGGGGGACGAGGUCACUCACAGACAGCAUGAGUUGGAGGUUGCUCUGCUCAGCCUGGGACAGCUCCAGCAGGCCUUGAUGGAGGCGGAGUCUUGGCUCAGCCAAUCACAUGUCACGCUGGACGCCUUGCGACCAAUCAGCUGUGACCCCAAAGCCAUAGAAAUGGAGCUGGCCAAUCACCAAGUAUUUCGAGAUGAUGUCCUCUCUCGCCGCGCCACAAUGGAGGCAUUGAAUCGGGCGGCCAGCUCCCAGCUGCUGGAGCCCGACCCAGGAGAGGAGGCCAGUCGCCUACGGCAGCAGCUGGAAACGGUGCAUCACAGCUGGGAGCGCCUACUAUUCAAGACCCAGGGCCGACAGGACCUGCUGGAGGUCGCACUCGCAGAGGCUGAAGGUUUCCAUGGUGAAGUACAGGUGUGUCUGCAGUGGCUCCGAGACACGGAGAGACAGCUCUCAACCACCAAACCCACCGGGGGUUUGCCGGAAACCGCCCGAGAACAGCUGCGCCAACACAUGGAGCUCCAAGGUCAGGUGUCCCAGCAAGCGGACCGGUACCAUGAUUUGGUGGCUCGGGGGCAGGCCAUGCUAAUGUCCCUCCUGGAGGGAGAGGAGGGGGGUUUUGGGGCGACCCAAACACAGCAGAACCUGCUGCUGCUCCAGAACACCUGGGCCAGCCUCACCACCAAGAUGGACAACAGGAGGGUGAAGCUGGAGGAGGCUGUUUCCCUGGCGACAGGGUUCCAGAGCUCCUUGCAGGUGUGUGUGAACUGGCUGAUCCAGGCUGAGCAGUCGCUGAACAUGGCCCCGCCCCCCAGCCUCGUCCUGGAAACCCUGCUUCUCCAAAUCGAAGAGCACAAGGUGUUUAUGAGUGAGGUGAACUCUCACCGGCAGCAGGUUCUGGUUCUGGAGAAGGUGGGGUCCGAGCUGCGUUCUGCCAGCUUGGAGCAGGACGAGGUUCUGAUCGGCAACCUGCUGCUGCGGGUCCAUUCCCGCUGGCACCAGCUGGCCAAGAGCUCACGAGAGCGGGAACAGAAUCUGGAGGAGGCCCACAAGACCGCCACAAAGUUCCAGGAGAGCUGUGGGGAGCUGUGGAACUGGCUGCUGGAGACAGAGAGCAGGCUGGAUACAGAGCUCAGGGUCACUAAUGAGCCCGAGGAGAUUAAUGAAGAGCUGGCCAAGCAUGAGGAGCUGCGGAAGGCCCUCUGCUCCAGACUGCCGCAGUACUACGCCACCGUGCGCUCGGGCCGCUGCCUGAGAGACAAGGCCUCCCUGCCCACCGACACCCAGAAACUCUCCACCCUGCUGGAGCAGCUCCGCGACACAUGGGACCGAGUGUGUGCCAAGAGCACGCAGAGGUGUGUGUGUGUGUGCGUGUGCGUGCGUGUGUGCAUGUGCGUGCGCGUGUGGGUGUGUGUCUGCGUGUGUGUGGUGUUCCAGAGGGAGCUGUACAACAGGGCGGGCAGUGUGCAGGCUCUGAAGCGGGCAGCAGCUGAGCUGGUGGAGGCGGGGUCAGGGGCGGGGUCGGGGGCGGGGCUGGGUGAGGCCGGCUGGGUGGGUGUGCUGCUGCAGGAGCUCAGCCUGAGGUGGGAUAGGGUCUGCAGCCUGUCCGUCUCCAAGCAGACCCGCCUCCAGCAAGCUCUCAAACAGGCAGAGCAGUUCCGUAAUGCUGUGCAGCAGCUGCUGGUGUGGCUGUCGGGGGUGGGGCAGACUCAUUACCAUGGCGCCCAGCCGGAGGAGGCGGAGACUCUGCAGGCCGUGCUCCAUGCCCAUGAGGGGCUGCAGGAGGCGCUGGAGGCGAAGAGGGAGGAGGUGAUCGGGGCGUGUGCACUGGGCGAGGUCAUCCUGUCCUCCUGCCACCCCGACAGCAUCGCCCUCAUCAGGCAGCGCGUCACCACGCUACAAACACGCUACCGCGAGGUGCUCAUGUGGGCCAAACAGCACAAACAAGCACUGGAGAGCAGCCUAGCCGAGAUGCUGAACAAUUCAAUCCUAUUGGAGGAGCUGCUGUCAUGGUUACUGUGGGCGGAGACCACCCUGGUGCAGCGGGAAGCAGUUUCCCUUCCUCAUGACACCCUUCAGAUCAAGACGCUCAUCAUAGAGCACCAGGUGUUCAUGGAGGAAAUGGCACAGAAGCGAAUGGAUGUAGAGCGACUAACCAAAUCCUGCCAGAGCAAACAGACACUCUCACCUGAGAGUGAGAAACCUGGAGGUAUGCAGCAGGUUGGCAUGCAGGUAACCGGGGGCAACCCUCGUCUCUCCCAGCUCUGCUCGCUGUGCCAGCAGGUGUGGCAGCUUUCUCUGAACCACCAGAGCAAACUCAGCAUCGCCCUCAAACGGCUGGAGGAGCUGGAGGAGGGGGUGGAGUUUGACUUUGAUGGAUGGCGGAGGAAGUGCAUGCAGUGGGUGAGCCGCAGGAAGUGCAACAUGAUGGACAUGUUCCAGCGCGUGGACACGGACCAAGACGGCCGGAUCACGCGUGAAGAGUUCACUGAGGUCAUCGUGGCCUUGGAUUUCCCCACCAGCCAAUGGGAGAUGAUGGCGGUGAUGGACCUGUUUGAUCAGGACGGCAGCGGAAACAUCGACUACUACGAGUUUGCAGCUGCGCUCCACCAGAGCAGAGACACGAGCUCACACACUACUGAAGCAGACAGGAUCAAAGAGGAGGUGACCAGGCAGGUGGUGCAGUGUAAAUGCAAGAAGCGGUUCCGGGUGGAACAGAUCGGAGAGAACAAGUACAGGCUGGGGCAGUGUGAGUGUGUGCUCAGGAUCCUCUGUAAUGUCCUGCUAGUGCAGAUGGGACACGGCUGGAUGUCUCUCAAUGAGUUCCUCAUGAAGUACGACCCCUGCAGAGACGUGUCACACACACAGUCGUUCCCACGGCAGCUGACAGGCCUGUUGGGGGGUCGAACAGGGGGAGGCGAGGAGCAGAGGGAUGGCCAGUGAAGUUUUGGUGGAUUACCUGGGAUAUGCCUUUACCUGCAGAUGUGACCCCCUGGGAGGGGGAGCAAGAGGAUAACAUCACAGGAAGAUGACUGGGGGGUGGGGGGGUGCUGAAGCCUCUCCCCAGUGUAACUGCCCUGUUGGGCCAUGCUGUACUGUGGAAUAAAGAGAUCAUUUCACUGCUUUUAUAGAGUGCAAAAAACGCAAAAACUAAACUGUGAAUGUGAACGUUUUAAAUUCUCCUGUUGCUUUUUUAGUUUAGUUUUUUUUCCUUUAGCUGAAGUGAGGACAUGAUUUGAAUCUGAGUGUUGAGCCAUAUCAUAUCAUUUAGUGAAGGAGAAAGGCUUUAUUUACUCAGCGAGUUUAACAUUCUUUUGUAAAUGGUUUGCCCUGCUUUUUUGAAAAACUACAAAUAUGGCGGACGACGAAGGCGGAAGCGAGGGUGACCUUUAACCCCGUUUCCUCCAGCGCUCUCUUGCUUUCUCUCGUUCCUUUUUGUCUGAAAGGUUUUCCUCGCUGUUUUACCAGGAGCAAAUUUGUGUUUGUGUGACUGUAAAGAUCAUGAAUAUGAAAUAUAAAGAUCAAUGCGCUAGCUGUGCUUUUGUGUGAUGGAAGUUUUUUGAAAACAUUUUGGGAGGCACAAGCGAAGAUUAAAAUAAAGCUAAGUGACUACAAA